GCCGAGCCUGCUCAGGGAGUGAAUAAAGCUUCCUCUGGGCAAGCCCCCAACCAAAGCCACAGGCCCCCAAAGCCCGCCGGGACCCGGGAAGGGACAGAGAAAGGGUAGAGAGUAGAGAGGAAAUGCGGGAGAGCAGGGACAUACGAGAGAAGUGGAAGGAGCAAAAGCCGCGAAAGCCGCUUCCCACUUUGUGAUUGGAUGGUCAGAAGUGGGAGAGGGCAGGACUUCCGUGACAACAGGCUCUUUAAGCCUGCAGUCAUGUGAUUGGACCAAGAUGGCUUCUCCCAGGAUGUUUCCCUUGCUACUGAGUGUGGCGCUUCUGCAAUGGCCCUCUCCAGCCUCAGCCUUUCCGCGGACCGAGCCGCCGCAGGAACCGCUACCACUGUCCGCUGCACGGGGUCUAGGGGACAGCUGCUGUAACCCAUUGAGCAUGGGGGCCAUUAAAAAAAUGGUUGAGCGAAAAAUACCAGGAAUUUAUGUUUUGUCGCUGGAGAUUGGGAAGACUCUGAUUGAGGAUAUGGAGAACAGCUUCUUCUUAAACGUGAAUCAGCAGGUGGCCCUAGUGUGUGAAAUGCUCGAGAACCCCAAGCUGCAACAAGGCUACAAUGCCAUGGGAUUUUCUCAAGGUGGCCAGUUCCUGAGGGCAGUGGCACAGAGAUGCCCAUCACCUCCCAUGCUCAAUCUGAUUUCUGUGGGUGGCCAGCAUCAAGGUGUUUAUGGGCUUCCUCGAUGUCCAGGGGAGAGCUCUCAUAUUUGUGACUGGAUCAGGAAAACAUUGAAUUUGGGCGCCUACACCAAGAGCGUUCAGGAACGCCUGGUACAAGCUGAAUACUGGCAUGACCCGAUAAAGGAGGAACUCUACCGCAACAAUAGCGUCUUCUUGGCUGACAUCAACCAGGAAAGGGGCAUUAAUGAGACCUACAGGAAGAAUCUGAUGGGACUGAAGAACUUCGUGAUGGUAAAGUUCCUCAAUGACUCAGUUGUUGACCCUGUGGAUUCAGAGUGGUUUGGAUUCUACCGAAGUGGCCAAGCCAAGGAGACCAUCCCCUUACAGGACACUUCCCUGUACACACAGGAUCGCUUGGGGCUUAAGGAAAUGGACAAAGCUGGCAAAUUAGUGUUCCUGGCCGUAGAGGGGGACCACCUUCAACUCUCUGAACAGUGGUUUUACACAAACCUCCUUCCAUUCUUGGUGUGAAAUCCUUGCUUCAUUGUGGUUAUGAAAUGCAAUAAGAACUAUAGGCAUCCCAGCAUUUCCAUGGCAGCUCGAGGGGAGGGGAUGGGAGGGGGGUGUCCAAUCAAGACUGUACUCUGCCCUUAGAUACAACUAACAAUUCACUCCUUUCCUCAUCUAACACUGUCUGAGAAGAUAGAAGAUCCUCAUCUUAUCUGCUCACUACUCAGGCUUAAUCCCACUGCCAUAUGGUAAGGAGUCCAAGUUUCAUUAGCUAAUGAGUAUGAGGAUUGUUUUACGUGUCCUUGACUGUGGUCAAAAGCCUAGAAGGCUUUGUAGAAAAACCAGGAACAAAACAGUAAUUGCUAGAACACUGCCUCCCAAAUGUGGCUUGCAGUCCACUUAGAAUAACUCCUUUCUCUGGUAAAUGCUAAGCCAAGAAUAGGUGAAAAUUUAGGCAGUUCAGAUCAUUUAAUCAGUCACCUAAGUUUUCAGUUUUGCCAGUGGCAGUGAGCAGGCUAGACUGGUAUAUUCUGGACUUUGGGAGCUCUCAGAGAUGGGCAGCAAUGCUUACAUGGUGGUCCCUGGUGAGGGGUGUGUGCGUGUGGCAUCACCAUGGGAGGAUGCCAAAGAAAACAAGUCUUCUGGCUCCUGGAGCCUGGGCAGAGAGCAGAGUGGGGGAGGAGACAAUAGGGACCCUGUUUCCAAAUUUGUCCAGCUUUCCCAGCAUGCUCUGAGUGGCUGCUAAAGCCUCUUUUCUCACUGCACUUUUAAUGGCAGGAGCAAUAAAAGUAUUAUCUUUUUGGCUGCUUUGUGCAAAGGCUCUCAAACAGGCAGCACAAGUUUCACCCUGGAGGUGAACAAGCCCUGGAAAGCCUGCUUUUUCUCACACCCAUCCCCACAUUCCUCUUCUUUAGGGGAGAAAGUACUAAAGAGGAAAGAAAUAUUUAUGUUUUCAGUUUUGUCAGCUUUUCUGAAAAAUAAAAACCACUGUUUUCUUA